AUGGAGGUGGCUGUGGAGAAGGCGGCGACGGCGGCCGCGGCGGUUUCGGCGGUCGCCGCCGCCGCCGCCGGGGGACCGUCGGCGGCCGCAGCGCCGAGCGGAGAGAACGAGGCCGAGAGCCGGCAGGGCCCGGACUCGGAGCGCGGAGGCGAGGCGGCGCGGCUCAACCUGUUGGACACUUGCGCCGUGUGCCGCCUGAACAUCCAGAGCCGCGCGCCCAAGCUGCUGCCCUGCCUGCACUCCUUCUGCCAGCGCUGCCUGCCCGCGCCGCAGCGCUACCUCAUGCUGCCGGCGCCCAUGCUGGGCUCGGCCGACACCCCGCCGCUGCUGCCCGGGCCCGGUUCGCCGGGCGGCGGCUCCUCGCCGUUCGCCACCCAAGUGGGAGUCAUUCGAUGUCCAGUUUGCAGCCAAGAAUGUGCAGAGCGACACAUCAUAGAUAAUUUUUUUGUGAAGGAUACUACUGAGGUUCCCAGUAGUACAGUCGAAAAAUCUAAUCAGGUGUGUACAAGCUGUGAGGACAAUGCAGAAGCAAAUGGGUUUUGUGUAGAGUGUGUUGAAUGGCUCUGUAAGACAUGCAUCAGAGCUCAUCAAAGGGUGAAGUUCACAAAAGACCAUACUGUGAGACAGAAAGAGGAAGUAUCUCCAGAAGCAGUUGGUGUAACCAGUCAGCGACCAGUGUUUUGUCCUUUUCAUAAGAAGGAGCAGCUAAAGCUUUACUGUGAAACAUGUGACAAACUGACAUGUCGGGAUUGCCAGUUAUUAGAACAUAAAGAGCAUAGAUACCAAUUUAUAGAAGAAGCUUUUCAGAAUCAGAAAGUGAUCAUAGAUACACUGAUCACCAAAUUGAUGGAAAAAACAAAGUAUAUCAAAUUCACAGGGAAUCAGAUCCAGAACAGGAUAAUUGAAGUAAAUCAAAAUCAAAAGCAAGUGGAACAAGAUAUUAAAGUUGCUAUAUUUACAUUAAUGGUAGAAAUAAAUAAAAAAGGAAAAGCUCUACUGCAUCAGCUUGAGAGCCUGGCAAAGGACCAUCGCAUAAAACUUAUGCAACAACAACAGGAAGUGGCUGGACUCUCUAAACAGUUGGAACAUGUCAUGCAUUUUUCUAAAUGGGCAGUUUCCAGUGGCAGCAGUACAGCACUACUUUAUAGCAAGCGACUGAUUACAUACCGGUUACGGCAUCUCCUUCGAGCAAGAUGUGAUGCUUCCCCAGUGACCAACAAUACCAUCCAAUUUCACUGUGAUCCUGGUUUCUGGGCUCAAAAUAUCCUCAAUUUAGGUUCUUUAGUAAUUGAAGAUAAAGAGAGUCAACCACAAAUGCCUAAGCAGAAUCCUGUCAUGGAACAGAGUUCACAGCCACAAGGUGGUUUAUCUUCAAACCAGUUAUCCAAGUUUCCAACACAGAUCAGCCUAGCUCAGUUACGACUCCAGCAUAUGCAGCAACAGCAACCCCCUCCACGUUUGAUAAAUUUUCAGAAUCACAGCCCUAAACCCAGUGGACCAGUUCUCCCUCCUCAUUCUCAACAGCUGAGAUAUCCACCAACUCAGACUAUGCCACGACAACAAGCAAUAAAGCCCAACCCCCUACAGAUGGCCUUCUUGGCUCAACAAGCAAUAAAACAGUGGCAGAUUAGCAGUGGGCAGGCCCCCCCAUCAACUGCCAAUAGCACAUCCUCUACUCCUUCUAGUCCCACCAUUACUAGUGCAGCAGGAUAUGAUGGAAAGGCUUUUGGUUCACCCAUGAUUGAUUUGAGCUCACCAGUGGGAGGUUCCUAUAAUCUUCCUUCUCUGCCAGAUAUUGACUGUUCAAGUACUAUUAUGCUGGACAAUAUUGUGAGGAAGGAUACUACUAUAGAUCAUGGCCAGCCAAGACCACCCUCAAACAGAACUGUCCAGUCACCAAAUUCAUCAGUCCCAUCUCCAGGUCUUGCAGGACCUGUUACUAUGACAAGUGUACAUCCGCCAAUACGUUCACCUAGUGCCUCGAGUGUUGGGAGUCGAGGAAGCUCUGGCUCUUCUAGCAAACCAGCAGGAGCUGACUCGACACACAAAGUCCCAGUGGUCAUGUUGGAGCCAAUCCGAAUAAAACAAGAAAAUGGUGGACCAUCUGAAAAUUACGAUUUUCCUGUUGUGAUAGUGAAACAAGAAUCAGAUGAAGAAUCUAGGCCUCAAAAUACCAACUAUCCAAGAAGCAUACUCACCUCCCUGCUCUUAAAUAGUAGUCAGAACUCUGCUUCUGAUGAGUCUGUACUAAGGUCAGAUGCCCCUGAUAGUACAGGAGAUCAGCCUGGACUUAACCAGGAAAAUUCCUCAAAUGGAAAGUGGCUGGAUGCCUCCCAAAAGUCACCUCUUCAUGUUGGAGAGACAAGGAAAGAAGAAGACCCCAAUGAGGACUGGUGUGCAGUUUGUCAGAAUGGAGGGGAACUCCUGUGCUGUGAGAAGUGUCCCAAAGUAUUUCAUCUUUCUUGUCAUGUGCCCACAUUGGCAAAUUUUCCAAGUGGAGAGUGGAUUUGCACUUUCUGCCGAGACUUAUCCAAACCAGAAGUUGAAUAUGAUUGUGAUGCUCCCAGUCACAACUCAGAAAAAAAGAAAACAGAAAGCCUUGGUAAAUUAACACCAAUAGAUAAAAGGAAGUGUGAACGCCUACUUUUAUUUCUUUAUUGCCAUGAAAUGAGCCUGGCUUUUCAAGACCCAGUUCCUCUAACUGUGCCUGAUUAUUACAAAAUAAUUAAAAACCCAAUGGACUUGUCAACUAUCAAGAAAAGACUACAAGAAGAGUAUUACAUGUAUACAAAGCCUGAGGAUUUUGUAGCUGACUUUAGAUUAAUCUUUCAGAACUGUGCUGAAUUCAAUGAGCCUGAUUCAGAAGUAGCCAGCGCUGGUAUAAAGCUUGAAAGCUAUUUCGAAGAACUUCUAAAAAACCUUUAUCCAGAAAAACGGUUUCCUAAACUUGAAUUCAGGAAUGAAUCAGAAGAUAAUAAAUUUAGUGAUGACUCAGACGAUGACUUUGUACAGCCUCGGAAGAAACGCCUCAAAAGUGUAGAGGAUCGCCAGUUACUUAAAUAA